GCGUUGAUUUUGGAGCUUCAAUUCAAUCCCGGGGAACAAAUCUUUUGUCUUCUUUUCUUUCGUCGUGCUCGUCGAUGGCUCUUGUUGUCGCUGUAUGUCGGUAGUGGUCUAAGAAGGGGUCUCUUGGACAAUAAACCAUCAUGCCCUGAUGUCUGACGGUGCAAAUAACAGUCACUAUGAUCCCUUUCGCGCCGCGUCCAGUGCGGAAAUUGCCCUGGAAUGUGUCGUGGCAACUUUUAUCGGUAUCGCAUGGUAUAAUGCCAUCGAACUCGUCGUCCUGUGUUUCACCACGUUUAAACGAUAUGGGGGCUGCUAUUUUUGGAGCCUGGUGAUAGCCUCCAUCAGCAUUGUCCCUUUUGCCCUGGGCUAUGCGUUGCUCAUCUUUAAAAUCUUCCCUAGUUACUUCUCGGUCGCACUGGAGGUGGUAGGGUGGUGGGGCAUGGUCACCGGCCAAUCCAUGGUCCUCUGGUCGCGACUGCAUCUCGUCGUUCACAGUCGCAAGAUCUUGCGCUGGACAUUGAUCAUGAUUAUCACGGACGCCAUUCUGUUUCAUGUCCCCGCGUCGGUCCUGGAGUUCGGCGCACAUUCCAAUCACCAAGCCCAGUUCAACCCGGCCUUUGAUAUCUUUGAACGGAUUCAACUCGUGGCCUUCUCGGUCCAAGAGAUCGUAUUAUCGGUCAUCUAUGCAUGGGCCGCAGUCGAAAUGCUGAAACUCAUGCCCCGGGGCCAUUAUAAAGGCAUCCUGAUCCAUCUCUUGGUUAUUAAUUUCGUCAUGAUCAGUAUGGACGCAGUUGUAGUGGGGAUGCAAUAUGCUGGCUUCUUUCGCCUGCACGUAUCCCUGAAAGCCAUGUUCUACAGUGUCAAACUGAAGAUGGAAUAUGCAAUCCUGGGAAGACUGGUCCAUGUCGCCGCCGUUCCGGUGCAUCCACUAUCCGGCUACCUUCCGACCCGUGGAUCUAGUUCUGUAUCACGCAUAUAGAGCUUUGCGGAUCUGGAUGUAUCUUGAAUAGCAUUGGUUUUGCGAUGUAUAUGGAUCACAAUCGCAACCAAUGCCAGAGCUCUUCUCCAAA